UGUGAUGGCAACGCUGGCCAAGAAGUCUGUGUGCGCGCGUGUGUGCGUGUGCGAGGGUGUGUGCGCGUGUGCGCGCCGGUUCCUGGCUGUGUCCGAGCCCGCAAUGGGGAAAGCUGCGCCGGGAGCCAGAACCAAAGUGCUCUCGGGGCCGCGUUGGUUAUGAAGAUGCACACACCCCCCUCCUCCGGUGGCGCCUAGGCUAGGGUGACUGCUGGGGAACCGAAGCUCGGCGGGCGGUCGGGCAAGUUAGCCUGAACCACCCGCAGCACAGGAAUCCGAGGGCCCCGCGGGGCGCUGGCCUUGGGGUGAUCCCGCCCUUUGGGCGCGGGAGGUGGAGAGGUGAAGGGGCGGGGACCGCGGCCGCCCCGGGGCUGGCGGCUGGUCAGGCGGCCAGAGCUCGAGGUGGCUAGGAUGGCAGCGGUCCCUGAGCGCCGCUCUCUUGCCUCUGCGCCCCGCGGGAGCAGUGCAGUGGGUUCUUCCCAACCGCCUCCGCUAGCUCUGGCGGUUUCACAUCUUCCUUGUGGUUUCCCUCAUGCUUUCCCGGCGGCGUCGCGUUGGUUUUAAGCCCUUGCUGGUGUCUUCUGAGAGGGAAUGGUCACUUGUACCGGUGCAUACUUGGGUUUAAUGAGACGACGCCUACAAGGAUUAAAACAAGGUGAACCAACCAUGACCGGCAAAACACAAACAAGCAAUGUUACCAAUAAGAAUGACCCCAAGUCCAUCAACUCCCGGGUUUUCAUCGGCAAUUUGAAUACAGCCAUUGUCAAGAAAGUCGACAUUGAAGCUAUUUUUUCAAAGUAUGGAAAAAUUGUUGGCUGCUCUGUUCACAAAGGGUAUGCUUUCGUUCAGUACAUGAGUGAACGGCAUGCAAGAGCUGCGGUGGCUGGAGAAAAUGCCAGGGUCAUCGCAGGCCAGCCUCUUGAUAUCAACAUGGCAGGGGAACCCAAACCAUAUAGACCAAAGCCUGGAAGUAAGAGGCCCUUGUCUGCGCUUUACAGGCUUGAAUCAAAGGAGCCAUUCCUGUCUGUUGGUGGUUAUGUAUUUGACUACGAUUACUAUAGAGAUGAUUUCUACAACCGGCUGUUUGAUUACCAUGGCCGUGUACCUCCGCCUCCUCGAGCUGUCAUCCCACUUAAACGUCCCAGAGUGGCUGUCACCACCACACGCAGGGGAAAAGGUGUCUUUUCCAUGAAAGGGGGAUCCAGAUCUUCUGUUGGUGGGUCAUCUUCAUCAGGCUCUAAGUUGAAAUCAGAUGAGUUACAGACAAUCAAGAAAGAAUUAACCCAGAUCAAAACUAAAAUUGACUCCUUGCUAGGGCGCCUGGAGAAGAUUGAGAAGCAGCAAAAGGCAGAAGCAGAAGCUCAGAAGAAGCAAUUGGAGGAGAGUAUAGAGCUGAUCCAAGACGAAUGUGUGUCAGAGAAUGCAGACCACUCCACAGAGGAGCCUGCUGAAGGAGGGCAAGAAGCGGAUGGAGGAGAGAUGACUGAUGGGGUAGAGGAGGACUUCGAUGAAGAUGGGGGUCACGAGCUGGUAGGAACGCAAUAUUUGGGGGUGUCCACAUCUGUUGGGUGACAGCAAUAGCAUUUGAUCAAUGCAUUCAUUCUAAAAUAAGGAUUAAAUCAUCCGAGGCUUUUUUUUAUCUUGUAUCAAUAUAUUUUAGGGAACAUGAAUAUAGUGCUUUGCACACAGCAAGUGCUCAAUACAUUUUUUAUUAAUUUCAACUAUGAGGGUGAAAAUAAGUACUAUAUAAGGUAUAUUAGGUAUACAUAACGUCCCAAAUGAAAGACUUUCUUCCCCUCAUUCGUAUGGAAAUAAUUUGGCAUUUGUACAGUUAAAUGUAUGGAUAGAUAUAAUGUGCUGGUGACAAAAACCAUCUCUUGCAAGAUGCAUAAGACCUCCUUUUAACAUUUAUUUAAUUUCAUUCACUUGCUUAUUUUGUCUAUGCAUGUACAUACAUGCUUUUACACUUGUAUGAAGAUUGGAGAACAGCUUGCUGCAGUCAGUUCUCGUUUUCCACCAUGUGGAACCCAGGAAAAACUCAGGUUGUCAGUCUUUACAGCAAGGACUUUCCCAGAGCCAUGUUUUUUGGCUUCCUUUAAUUCAUAGUUUUACUCACUGAUAGUAGUCACACACACUAGCUGCAUGGCCAUUCAUCCUCUCCACAGUGGGCCUGCCAUGGUGACCCUUUAGUAUGAUGUCACCUCAUCAUUUCCAGUGUCAGUACUGCUUGACAAUCAAUUAUUAUUGUUUAGGAAUUUAGCUAAGACCUGAUUCUUAAAAGUUUUGUUUCCCCAAUGUUGAAAUCAGUACACUGUUCAGUUGCAAAUACCCUUUCCUUGACAACUACACCAGACACUUGGU